AUGAGUGUCUCUUCGGUCAAAGGCCUACCGCCUUCAUGCUACUAUCUUCCCAGCUUCAUUACCCAAACCGAGGAGCAGCGCCUUACCAAUGAAAUCCUCAAGGUUCCAGAAUCAAGAUGGACUGUUCUAACCCACCGACGUCUGCUUUCUCUUCCAUCGACCCUGACGGGACCUGCCCAUGAUACUCUCCUUGCUGCGCCCUUACCGGCUUACCUCGAAUCGAUUGUUGCACGUCUGAAAGAGGAGAAAUACUUCGAGUUCACACCACACAAGGCUCCCAACCACGUCUUAAUCAACGAGUACAAGCCAGGAGAGGGAAUAAUGCCUCACGAAGAUGGUCCUGCAUAUAGCCCCGUCACUGCUACAGUAAGCUUGGGCAGCCAUACCGUGCUCGAGAUAUACAAAAAGAACGAGCAGGGUGAACGGGAGGCGAAUCCAACGUGGCGCAUUCUACAGGAACCUCGAAGCCUGCUUGUCACGACUGGUGACAUGUACGUCAGCACCCUCCACGGCAUCUCGAGGAUUCAUAUUGACACAGAGCUGAGCCAUGAAAGCAUCGUCAACUGGGAUCUUGUCGAGGAUAAGCCAUUGUACCAGACUGGACAAGCUCAGCGCCAGACGCGCAUCAGUCUCACCCUAAGAGAUGUGACCAAGGUCGCCAAACUGGGUGGUGCUUUGAAGUUUAUGAACAAGAGCAGGUGA